AUGUUGAGAGCUAAUGUCAGCAGGCUUGCAAGAAAUUCCAACUUAUGGAGAUGUAUCCCACGCAAAGGAUUCCAUUGGCAAGGGUCUCAAUUGGCAAUUCAACCAUAUCUGAUGCCUGCUAUGUCACCUACUAUGGAGAUGGGUGGCAUAGUUCAUUGGAAAGUGAAAGCAGGAGAAGAAUAUGCAGCAGGGGAUGUCCUGCUCGAGAUCGAGACGGACAAAGCACAAAUCGAUGUUGAAGCUUUAGAUGAUGGUAAGAUAGUGAGAAUUCUGAAACAAGAUGGUGAAAAGGAUAUUGCUGUAGGUACCAGCAUUGCAAUUACAGCUGAUGUAGACGAUGAUGUCAGUGCAAUUGAUGUGGAUUCAUUGAUAGCCGGUACUAAAGAGAAGAAAACAAUAAAGAAACAAGAGAAACCAGUAGUAGCAAAGGAACCGGUAGUAACAGAGGAUAAGAAAGCUACUAGUACCAAAGGAGAUACAACCAUGUAUGUAGCAAACAAGAGCCAAACAUUACUUCCAUCAGUGAGUAUGUUAUUAGCAGAAAAUGGUAUAUCUAAGGAAGAUGCAUUGGAAAAUAUUCCAGCCACAGGGUUACAUGGUACACUCUUAAAAGGUGAUAUUCUAUCUCAUCUUGGUAAGAUUCCUAAGGAGUCGUCUGUCGCUAUUGAAGAAUAUAUUAAUAAAUCGAGACAUUUGGACUUAACAGGUAUUGAGAAGACGAUUCUAACGUCUUCACAGGUUAAUGAUACCGUCGCCUCUGUUGUAGAAGAUAAACCUCAGGUUGUAAAGAAACCAGCAUAUGCGCCAGAUAUUGUUAUGGAAGAAGAUCUAGUGAUGGAAGUACCAUUAAGCGUUAGUUACGAACAUCUGUAUAGCUCAGUGAAGGUUUUCUUACAAGAGGCUUAUCAAUAUGCACACCUCGGAGGUCUUGUUGGAAACCAAUCCGAGCAUUAUGAUCCUAUCUUUGAAGAAUUGGUUACUGCGGAACCCCGUGCUAGUAGAUUUGAAUAUAAGUUUAGUCUAGUACCUCUAGAUAACAAUACUCUCGAUAUCGGUUCUCAGACAAAUGAUAUAUUUGAUAUUCUUGCAAGCACGAAAAAUAACAAAAUCUCAUCGAUCCAAGAGGAAAAUGAUCCACAAUCUUCAAAUUAUAUGUUGAGUUUGGACAUCACAGUGAACAAUCACUUUUCUGAUUCUGAGGCUAAAGCCAAUACCUUUUUAGAAUAUGUGAGAGAUCUACAAGAUGUUCAAGGUUAA